AUGGCUACCGGAUCUCCCACGCCGCUAGGCGGCUCCUCAUAUGGGCGCAUGCGUGCGCAAUCAUCGAUACGACCCCGGAGAGACUCUCCACUCUCUAUGCUGGGUCAAUCGCAGGGCUUCUCUGCCGACGUGCCCAUGAUGCAGAGCAUCGACAUUGGCGACAGCUCGGAUGACGAGAUGCCACAACCCAUGAAGCUCAGUGCUCUGACGGCAGCUCUACUUGCCCAAGGCAACGAGGUUGAUUCACCAGAGAAGAGAAAGCCUAAGCUCAAAAUCUCGCGCAAUGAUUCUGGCUCAAAUACACCCGUGCAUGACUCCGUUACGCCUGCACCUAGUCUACGCAUCAAACGAGUUCCAUUACGGGGCGCACCCAUGAGGAGACUGCGCAGAACACCCCAAAGCGAAGAAGAGAAUCCUCCUUCCCAAGAUCAGGAGAACAUGCCUGCGUCGGCCAUCAAAACCCAGCCUGAGAACGUCCCCGAUUCCGUCUUGAAGGUUACUGGCUCGGUCAUGAAGGUCGCAGAGGACCGCCACAUGCAAUCCUCCCUAGAACACCAGUCACCUAGCGAAAGGGCUUCGCAACAACAAGAAAAACCCAUACCACUACAGUCAAUGAGUGCAAAUACCCCACGACGACCAGCGCCUCCACCACCGCCAAAGAUGUCUGUAUUGGAGACCGCAACCGCUGCUGCUGGAGCUGCUACCACCAAGACACGAGAGAGAAAGAAGAGGGUCACACUGUCCGUCAACGGAAAGCACUACUCUCAGAUGGACAGGAUAGGCAGAGGUGGCAGUUCGGCGGUGUACCGUGUCAUGGCGGAGAACUUCAAGACUUUGGCCCUGAAGAGGGUGAAGCUUGAAGAUGCCGACGAGGCUGCUGUGCGAGGUUUCAAGGGCGAGAUUGAUCUACUGCAAAAACUCAAGAACGUCGACAGAGUUGUAAGACUCUACGACUGGGAAGUGGAUGAGCAACGCCAAGUGCUCAGUGUACUCAUGGAACUCGGAGAAUCAGACUUGGCCCGCAUAAUACGAAUGAAGCUUGACCCUGCCGAUGGGGAUGGCAAACUCGACCUCAGUUUCACCCGCUACUACUGGAAAGAGAUGCUCGAAUGCGUUGGUGCUGUCCACGACCAUGACAUUGUCCACUCGGACCUCAAACCCGCAAACUUCCUCCUCACCUCUGGCCGCUUAAAGCUCAUCGACUUCGGCAUUGCCAACGCCAUUGAAGUCGACCACACCGUCAACGUCCACCGCGACUCGCACAUCGGCACCCCCAACUACAUGUCCCCCGAGUCUCUCGAAGACUCCGCCGGCGGCGCCCGCGGUCUCCUCAGCAACGGCAACGGCUCCAAAGACAUGGCUCUCGGUAAGCCCUCGGACGUCUGGAGUCUAGGCUGCAUCCUCUACCAAAUGGUCUACGGCCGCCCUCCCUUCGCCCAUAUCGCCAACCAAAUGGCCCGCGUCCUCGCCAUCGUAAAUCGUGACUACAAAAUCGAAUUCCCGGACCUCGGCGUCGGCGACGUUCGCGUUCCCCCGGGUCUCAAAGCUACUAUGCGCCGCUGCCUCAACCGCGAUCCCUCGCGUCGCCCGAAUAUCGCGCAGCUCCUCGACGAACGCGAUCCCUUUUUGUACCCCGAUGGCGGUGAAGACCUCAAGAUUCCGCAGGAGCUACUUGGCCAGAUUAUUCAGCGCGUUGCGGAUCGCUUCCGAGACCCGAAUAAGCCCGCGCCUACUGAUGAUGAGAUUCGUCAGUAUCCAGCAAGUUUUUACGAGAAGAUACGGCAGUUGCUAGAGAGCGAGUAA